AUGGAAUUAUUAAGAGAAUUUACCGAUAAUACACGACCUGACGCUACUCAGCGUCAAACAAAAAAACAUUCAACGGUGCAUCAUAUACGACCGUCACCUGGGCCGCCAGUUUCGUGCAAAGUAAGACGCCUGGCUCCAGAUGAGCUGAAAAUUGCGCAAGCCGAGUUUCGCAAAAUGAUCGAAGAAGGUAUUGGCAGACCUUCCAACUGCGCCUGGGCUUCACCACUUCAUCUAGUACAGAAGAAGUCUGGAGAAUGGAGGCCGUGCGGUGAUUAUCGCCCGCUUAACGAUCUAACGCUCAUCGAUAAAUGUUCGUUGCGUUAUCUUGACGACUUUGCUGCAUUUUUACACGGUAAAAAUAUAUUUUCAGUCGUCGAUUUUGCAAAGGUAUUUUUGCAAAUACUCGUUGCACCGGAAGACGUGACGAACACGGCGAUCAUCACACCGUUCGGACUAUUCGAGUUCCGAUUUAUGACAUUUGGGCUUAAAAAGCGCGGCUCAAACAUUUUAACGAUUCAUCGACGAGGUCACUCAUGA